UAGCUGAUGGUGAAUUAGGUGAAUUUGUUAUUACACUCUCAGAAGAAGAGGUUGUAACCUGGAUGUGGAUUCUUGUUUUUAUUUAUUUUGUACCUCAAUUGGCCACGUUUUUAAGAUCGUCAAGAAUUUUAUUAUUUAAAAAAUGGAAAAUGCCUGGUAUGUUGGAAUUUGUCUCCGUUUUCUUGGGCGAAUCUUCAUCAACUAUCGGCAAUUCGAUUUUGGCAUUUUACGUUUUACCUAGAAUGGAUUUUAUUAGAGGAUGCCUUAUUAUGAAUUGUUUAUGUUUAAUACCAGCAAUGCUAUCACUUUGGUCAAAGUAUAACGAUAAAGAGAUAAACGGAAAUGUUACUAACACAUCUAAUAUUACACUUACUAACAAUUUAACACCAAUUUGGAUUUUAAUAUUAAGUGUUCUUACUACUUAUUUAACAUAUAUUUUUGGGAAAUUCGCUUGUAAAAUUAAUAUUCAACGAAUAUCUUAUGCGAUUCCAUUACAUUUAUCUGGAGUAGUAACAACACUAGGAUUUUUGAUACUCUCUUUAGAAAACAACAAUAACAUUAAGUGUGAUUCCCUACAAACAUUUCCUUCAUAUUUAUUUUUGAAUAACCCAACUAUUUUCGAAAUAGAAGAUAUUUGGUUAAUAUUUAUAGGAUUAUUUUUAUUAGGGUCAUACAUUUUGACAACUUGUCAUAUAUACAUACCACAAAAUAAAGUGUUAGCGUCCACUGAAAAAUUAUACGUUAGACCGUAUUACGAACCUUUUCUAAUUGAUCAAGAUUUAGCAAUGAAUAGAAGGCAUUAUGAUAAAUUUCUUGAUAUCGAAAACGUUUCAAAUAGUAAAGAAAAUGUAGUACCUAUGUUGUAUGUUUGCGGAACGAUGUGGCACGAAACUAAAGAUGAAAUGUUAACGUUCCUUAAAUCGAUUAUAAUUCUUGAUGAACACCAUUGCUUAACACGAAUUGGAAAUUAUUUUAAUAAAUCUAUAAAUUAUUAUAGAUUAGAAAGUCACAUUGUUUUUGACGAUGCUUUCACAAAAACAUCACAAAGAAAUCAAGAAGCACAAAUGAACGAUUUUGUGAAAGAGUUAAUAAAUAGCGUGGAUAAUGUGGCUUCUUUAGUUUAUAAUGAUGAUAUUAAGCUAAAAGAUCCAGUUAAAUACGUUACUCCUUAUGGGGGUAAAUUGGAAUGGAUUUUACCCGGAAAAACGAAAUUAGUUGUUCAUUUAAAAGAUAAUAAUAAAGUAAGAUCGAGGAAAAGAUGGUCACAAGUUAUGUAUAUGUAUUACAUAUUAGGUCAUCGAAUUAUGGAAAGAAACGACUUAAACAACAUUCAAAAACAAUUGGAAGCUGAAAAUACGUUUAUUUUAUCGGUUGACGGUGAUAUACAUUUCAGGCCAAAAGGUGUUGAAAUGUUAUUGGAACAAAUGAAACGGGAUAAAACAUUAGGUGCGGCUUGUGGACGAGUUCACCCAGUUGGAAAAGGAAUUUUUGCUUGGUAUCAAAAGUUUGAAUACGCAAUUAGUUAUUGGCUGUAUAAAGCAUCUGAAAAUAUAACCGGCUGCGUUCUUUGUUGCCCCGGAUGUUUUACAAUCUACAGAGGGAGCGCUAUCAUGUCAAUCUUAAAAAAACUCAAAAUCAGAUCUACUAAAGCUGUUCAUUUUAUGAAGUUCGAUCAUGGUGAAGAUAGAUGGAUAUCGGUGUUAUUAGCAUUAUGCGGAUAUAAAGUGGGAUAUGUUGCAUCUGCUGAUGCAUGCACGAAUUGUCCAGAAAGUUUUGGAGAACUUUACAAUCAACGAAGAAGGUGGAUUCCUUCUACAACAGCUAACAUGUUGGACUUAUUAUCUCGAACAAAAUUAAUACAACUUGCUAUUAUUUUGUGUGGAAUUUACUCACCAUUAAUGUGCGCAUACUUUGUCAAUGGGUUGUUUGAGUUAUUGAGUAUGGGAUUUACAACUCCAUGGACACUUUUCUUCUUUAUCUUCCUAAUUCAAAUAUUGAUAAUAACAUUAUGUCAUCCACAAGAAAUCUACUACUUGAAAUAUUUACCUAUUUAUUACAUAAUGAUUCCGACGAUGCUCAUAAUUUUAUAUAUAUACUCCGUAUUUAAUAUGCACAAAGUAUCGUGGGGAACGCGAGAA